AUGGGGGGCAUCGGCAUGAAUCAUGGAGUGGUAGUCCCCGCAGGCGGACUACCGUCACCACCACCACCACCACCACCACCACCACCACCACCACCACCACCACCACCACCACCACCACCACCACCACCCCACCACCACCACCACCACCACCACCACCACCACCACCACCACCACCACCACCACCACCACCACCACCCCUACCUCCCUGGCGACCACGGCCACCGCGGCGCGAGCGCUGCUGCGGGUGGACCGCAACAGCCGUCUCGGUGAGAGGGGUCGCCGUGGCGACCGCA